AUCUCUCAACGCAUACAAAAAUGGCGCCCAUGAUGGAUCCAGAUCCGGUUGACAACGAUAUUUACAAGGAGCAAGAGGGAUUCGUCCUCAUCCAGCAUGGUCAUCGUGAUAUGGUCGAGGCAACAGCAUUUAAUCACUACGGCACCCGCUUCGCAUCCGGCUCUGUAGAUGGCAAAAUCAAGGUGUACAACCGACACCGAGACGGCUCUUGGGUAAUCUGUGACACCUGGGGGGCACAUAACUCCGAGAUACUGGAGGUGAGAGUUGCUUCGACAUCGAAAAGAGGCAUGCGCUGCUAAUCUAAUUCCGGUUUCAAGAUCCAAUGGCUGCCACCAACAUUACAUCCAAACCUGAUAGCUUCCAUUGGAAGUGAUGGCAAGUUCAAGCUCUGGGUUGAGGAUCCAACUCUCCCUCCAGGUAAAGGUCGACGCUUCAAUUCUCAUAACAACAAGCCGGUUUGGCAGCUGGCCCCUCUAGCUCGAGCACCUUACCUUUCCUUUGCUAUUAAACACAACCCUGAGACACGACAUACAUAUAUUGCUCUGAUUAACCGAAACGCCACUCUAAUAAUCUAUGAGAAUGAGGAGCCCGAGAACAUGGAAAACUGGGUAGAGGUUGACAAAGUCAACAUACCCGACAAGCCAACAAGAGGCGACGAAGUAUCAUUCAAAGUAGCCUUCGACCCCAACCUCGAACCCUGCUACAAAGCAGUCCGACAAGGCGUCCAGCGAGACUCCCUCGCCGUCAUCGUAGCCAGCAUGAACAAAGUAUCCAUCUGGCGCACCAAAGAGAUCUCCCACUCCGUGAGUCUCGGCUCCUCGAGCUCCAAGGAACUAUAUUGCGCAGCCGACCUGAAAGGCCACAAAGGUCUAGUACGAGACGUCGCCUGGGCACCAGGAAGUAUCCGAGGCUUCGAUAUAGUAGCUACGGCAUGCAGAGACGGCUUCGUACGGGUAUUCCAUCUCACCACCCCCGCCAAAGGCGACAAGGAAGCCAGAAGCAAAGACUUUACCAAAAUCCCUGAGACGAGCACCGUCGUCGCGCAAAGAUCACCAGAGAACACUUCGAGGAGUGUGCCCUCUGGCAUCGGAGCGGGAUUGGCAAGCACGAGACCUGGCACGACAGCCGGUCAUCGAAAUUCAGAACACCAUAGUAAAGCUGGAGAGGUAGCCCUUUUGGCGAAUGAGGUUUCGCGUUUAGAGACGAACAGAACUCCGGUGUGGCGUGUGGAGUUUGACGGCGAUGGUAAGGUGUUGGGAUCAACGGGUGAUGAUGGGAAAGUGGCUUUUUGCAGAAGCGAACCUAGUGGUGCAUGGAGUAAGAGCGCCGAAUUGGGCAUGACGAGGAGUCCUCCCUUGCCCAUGUCAUGAUGGCUUCACAGAUUUGCUCCAGACUUUGUUGGGUUGUACGAUAGGCCGGGAUUAUUAGGUUGGUGCGGAUAGUCUGAUACAGGCUACAGGCGCAGACAGAGAGACAGACAGACGUUAGACCGAUUCAAGGUCUGCUGAUAAACAUGGGGUGCACGUGGAACGAUACAAAUGAUUAAUGGAUAUCAAGAAUUAAUAGUCUUCCGGAUAUUCUCCCAGUACCCAAUGUGGUGAUAAUGCUUGCCCUUUUCCAACUCCCGUUACCCGAAUCAAAAACCCUUUCCCUCGCCAUCUAAAUACGCAAAUUAUCAUUCAACCACUGCCUCGACAAAGGCAUCAAGCAUACUUUGGCCAUCGGGCAUCUCCCACUGCCAACGUCUACUCUCCCACCAAGAGGCAUCACCGUCUUUUUUCCAUUUCUCUUCAAGAACCUUUCGCACUUUCUCGUCACCGCCCAGGUCCGUGCCUUCUUUCUCCAUCCAUUGUCUCUCGGCUUCUUCCUUGGCCUUUUUGACGACUACAUCGUCGUCCUCACAGCGAUACAGAUCGCAUUUAGCACACUCGGUACAUCCCCUUCCGCCAUUAGGCCGGAAAUGUUCACAGAAAUGUCGGUAGCCUUCUCCGUUGCCAAUGUCUUUUCGGCACACAUAGCACAUUUGGUAGCCGCAUAUGCAAGUGAGUUUGUUGCAGCCCGAUGACUUGACAAAGGAAGUAUUACAGCGAGGGCAAGUCCGUUUGAUCGCUAGUGACAUGGCGAGUUCGACUUGAGUUCGUAGAGCCAAGAGAGAAGAUUCAUGGCAGAUAUGGAUAUCCGUCCAUGCUUUAGAGCACGACAAACAAGAUGCUCGUCCGCAUUCCGAAUUCUGACAUACAAACCUGAGUCCGUGAUUCUUGCGUCGGAUGCGAGUAAGAGAAGCAGUAAAGUGACCAAUCGCAAAGUCACGAAAGGUCUGUCGAGAAGAAAUGAGCAAGAACAGAAAGGAAAACAGUAGAAAAACAGGUACAAGGAAGGGUAUCAUGCUAACGCCUAAAAUCAAAAACACGAGGGAAUAAAGAAAUGAGCUUCCGGCACGUUUCACACGCCAUGCUCGUUGAGUUUCCGGGAGGUAUAGUUCAUCCACCUCAGCAUAGCUGCAGAAUGGACAUCGUAUAAGAGGGAGUCGAGUUUUGAGGAGAUUGUCCUCGAUGAGACGUUCAUCGAGUUUUCGGACCACAUCUUUCUCGCUUGGGUCUUCGUCGAAUGCUCGACGUAUGAGUUCCUGAGAGAUGCAUCCUUUGCACUCAUCACUCAUUGCUGCGACGCAUCGCAAGGUUCCACUUUCCACAUUGAUAUUACGUUGCCAUCCUUGGCCAAAUACAGCCUCUUUCACGGAAUACCUGACACAUCGGAAACAAAUAAAAUGACCUCCAUAAUCGCAAGCAGAUAAUCCUUCGAAAGCCGUGGCAGUAAAGCAGCAUCCACAAUCAUGUAAUCCACCAUUUGCCUCAGCCUCCUUGUCGUUGAGCUGCAAAGCAAUGGCGUGAUCCUUUGCCUCCUGCUCCGCCGAUAAUCGUUGUUGUAUUGGUAGUAUAAGUGUCUCGAAUAGCUCUUUGUCAAGCUCUGGUGAUCCUGUAGUCUUCAGAGUUGGCAGGAUGGAUCCAUGACCAGUCGACUGCCAUAUUAUGAGAGGAUGAUGUUCUGCUUCGGUGUAUGCGACCGGUUUUCUACGCAAAAACAACGAGGAAAUGGAAUAACGCCAGGACUUGGAAGACAAUGUAACAAGUGUCGGUCUGGCUAACGAAUAAGCGUAAUUAUGCUCGGCCAAGACGGCGAGUAUCGUCGAUUUGGGAAGACCUUUGAAUUCGUGGUAUGCGAUGGAUUUCGCGGCUUCCUUGUAUUCAGUAGUCCUAAAUUUCUCCUCGGUUUGGACUUGUCCUGGCGAGACCAAUCCUGAAGCUUUGCUAUGUAUGUGGGCUGCCUCCUUGCCGGCAACCUUAUUUCGUCCUUGGGCAAACUUCAUCUUAUCCUUCAAGAGAGCCUCCGUGACAACUGCCAAUCUAGAUUCCUCGCUGAAGCUCGAGAGCAUCUCCCGGAAAACCUCCACUUGCACAUCUGGGAAAAUCGCUGCGAGAGCAACGAGGCUGUUGUUUAACUUCCGGAGAUCCGGGCUUUCGGCAGCGAUGGUUCGAAGGUGGGCCUCUUCGCGAAUAUAAGAAUGAUCAAGCUUGUCGCAUACAGGAGAGUCUUCCGAGGAGUGCGAAGGGCUCUUGUUCGGCGUGUGUAGGCGGGAGGUGGUGGUACUUCGCGAUGAUGGGGCUGCGGAUAGAGCAGAUCGAGGGGUCUGGAGUGUGGUGGAGGUGUGGCUGUGAUUGGUUGGUGAUUUGAAAAGUCCAGGCAAUACCAUGAUGGUGACUGCAGACGGAUAAGGACUUCACAUGUUUUUGCAGAUAGAGAAUAUGCGCACCCAAGUUCUCCGCAUGGUUUGUGGUGUAGAUUUAUAAUGGUGCCAUGGAAAUUGGGCUUGGAGGAGAUGCGCAAAGUGGUGAGUGACGAAGGGGUCGGUCUUGGCCGUUUGUAACUCCGACGACAUACGGAGGGAUGUCCGUGAAUAGCACCCUUGUGGUGGAAGAAUGAUCUCAAGUAAUUCACCUAAAUAUCA